CGACCCGAACCGGGAGAUCCUCCAGAUCAAGCCGCCUAGCCUAGGGCCACGCUGCCACCCACCCACCACCCAUGGCCGAGGUCGCCGAUGCGCCCCGCCGCGCGGCGCCUGGGGCCUCCUCCUCCCCUCCCCCUCCCCCCUCCUCCGCCGGCGGCAGCGGCGACCGCAAGCGCGGCCGCUCCUCGCCCGUGCUCCCGCCGCCUCCCCCCGGCCCCCCUCCGCCGGCGGCGCAAAACAAGCGGCACCGGACAGAAGGAGGUGGGUUCGACCGGCGCCGUCUUGGUGGCGGGCAGGACGACAGGAGGUUUGGGAAUGAUCAUGGUGGCCAAGGUCGACACAACAAUCGUGCACCAGAUUGGCAUGAUUCUGGACAUGGUGGAUGGAAUGAAGGAUCAGGGAACUCCCGUAGGGAAGGUCUGAUGUCUUACAAGCAGUUCAUGCAGGAGCUUGAAGAUGACGUUUCUCCUGUUGAAGCUCAAAGCAGAUAUGAGGAGUACAAGUCAGAGUACAUCACAACUCAGAAGAAAGCUUACUUUGACCUUCAUAAGAAUGAAGAUUGGUUGAGAAACAAGUACCAUCCUACUAACCUUGAAUCUGUUAUGGAAAGACGGAACGAACUUGCGAGAGCUACUGCAAAUGAAUUCUUCCAAGAUUUGCAGAGCGGAAAUUUUGACACUGGUCCAGGAUUAACGAGUUCGGCAGCGAACAAAUCUGGAAAUAAUGACGUGAAUGUAAAUGGAAAAAAGGGGAAACUUGGAAAGGACCCUGAUGAUUUAUAUUAUUCUGCUCCCAAGGCUCAUCCAGUCAGUUCUGAGCCUCGGCGAAUUAGCAUUGACAUUGAACAAGCUCAAGCUCUCAUCUGUAAACUUGAUUCUGAGAAGGGUAUUGAGAACAAUGUUCUAUCUAGUAGUGAUGAUGACAAAGCAGGCAGCGGAUCACAUGGUUCAAUGGGCCCAAUUGUAAUAAUACGGGGUGCAUCUACUGUGAAGGGUCUUGAAGGUGUUGAGUUGCUGGACACUCUUGUCACUUAUUUGUGGCGUAUCCAUGGUGUGGAUUAUUAUGGCAUGUCUGAGACAAAUGAGCCAAAAGGCCUAAGGCAUGUGAAAGCAGACUCAAGGACAUAUGAUGGGCCUAGCUCAAAUACAGCUGAAUGGGAGGAGAAACUUGAUUCAUUCUGGCAAGACAGGAUUCAAGGUCAGGAUCCAUUGGAAAUAUUGAAAGCAAAGGACAAGAUUGAUGCAGCUGCUAGUGAAGUGUUGGAUCCACAUGUCAGGAAAAUAAGGGAUGAGAAGUAUGGAUGGAAAUAUGGUUGUGGAGCUAAGGGGUGCACAAAGCUUUUCCAUGCUUCUGAGUUCGUCACGAAGCAUCUCAAACUCAAGCAUACUGAUUUUGUGGUGGAGCUGACUUCAAAAGUGAGAGAGGAUAUUUAUUUUGAGAACUACAUGAAUGAUCCCAAGGCGCCUGGGGGGACACCGAUCAUGCAACAAUCUGCUCCAAGGGAAAAGGGCAGACAGCGGCCACCAAUUGAGAGUCGGCUGAGAGAUGAACGUGGCCGUAGAUUUGACAGAAAUGCUGAUUCAUCAAACCCUGAUGGAUCCAGUGAAAACCCUGAUGAUCCAAUGUAUGAUUCUUAUGGUGAUCCGUCUGUACAUGGUGCCUUUCCUCCAGAUAUUCCUGCUCCUCCAAUGCUGAUGCCUGUGCCUGGUGCUGGCCCACUUGGGCCGUUUAUUCCUGCACCACCGGAAGUUGCAAUGCGUAUGUUGAGGGAGCAAGGUGGGCCACCACCUUUUGAGCCGAAUGCUGGUCCGCGUCCUAGGAAAGCAGGAAGGGGUGGUGGUCCCCCAUUGGGUGGUCCAUCACCAAUCCUUAAUGCUCCACUUCCUAUAAUGCAUGAUCCACGUAUGCAAGAUCCACGCAUGCAGGAUCCCCGUAAAAUACGAAGCUAUCAAGAUCUCGACGCUCCUGGAGAUGAAGUGACCGUUUUGGACUACCGGAGCCUGUAGGCGUGUGCUGUACGACCUUUUAAUCUUUGAAGCCGUGGACGAUACCACCACCGCAACGGGACCUUGCUCAUCUCCAUUAGUUUUGACCGUGGCGGAGGAACACGGCUGCGGUGCUCCGUCCCGUGAGCUAUGUUAUACUGAUUGGUGCUUCUAAAACUGAACCACAUGAAAUCAAAGCAACUGGCGCACUGAAAGCACGGUUGUGGAGUGUGUAUUUCCAACAGAAUUUUUUAGCUUUUCAAAAAUUUCACCAUCUAGAGAGAGAGAGUAGAGGUCUCUGCUGCCGUAUCCAGAAUUCCAGACCAGAUAUUCCUCACCGUGCAUGCAAUCUGUAAUUUAUAUACAGGAAAACUGUUGGUAGAUGGAACCCUGAUUGGUCAAAACUGCUCACAAGCUGUGUUUCCUGGAA